AUGGUAAACAGACUUAGGUGGUAUGGGCACACAAUGAGAAGGCCUAUGAACUACAUAGGAAAUAAGGUUGAGAGUUUGGAAGUGAUGAGCAAACGUAAAAGUGGAAGGUCAAAACUUCAAUGGGGCCAUAAAGUUAGCGCCAAUAUAAAGAACUCUGCAACUUUACCCAUCACUUUUAAAUGUCUGGAAGAAAUUAACAAAGUAGAUAAAAGAGUCACCAGAUUUGUGUUACCCGUUGGCGCCACUAUAAAUAUGGAUGGAACGGCUCUUUAUGAAGCAGUAGCGGCAUUGUUUAUAGCUCAAAUAAAUGGGAUUAAACUAAAUGCCGCACAAAUUAUUACAGUUAGCUUAACAGCAACCAUAGCAAGUAUAGGCGCGGCAAGUGUACCGAGUGCAGGUUUGGUUACUAUGUUAUUAGUUUUAUCAUCCGUAGGACUACCGACUAAAGACAUUAGUCUAAUAGUUGCUGUGGAUUGGUUACUAGAUCGCAUAAGAACGUCUGUAAAUGUGUUGGGCGAUGGUAUAGGAGCCGGUAUAGUCGAUCACCUAAGUCGCGCCGAGUUAGAUAAGAUCGAUGCAGAACAUACUUUAAUGAAUUCUUCUUUUAAAGAAGAUAGGGAUAGUUACGAAUCAGGUAAUAAAAACCAUUUAGAGAUGAUACAUCUCGACCCAGGACAUAUUAAUCAUGAGAAAAAUGAGAACGGAAAUUCGUCAAAGUUUUCUCACGAUCGAUUUAGCACUCCUCAAAUGUCUAAAAGCCUUAUUUCUAUCCCUGAUGAGCAUUUGACUGUUCCAAAUAAGCGAUUCGAUGAUUCAAUAAUAUAGACCAAGGUGGUGAUAGAUUGUAGAAACUCAAA